UGAACGAAGUUGUUUCUAGCCCGGUAUCCGAAAUUGCAGUAGACGACUUGACCAGUCCCCAAAUCAACACAACAUUAUUUGUGCGCUCACUCACUGUUGCUCCGAGACUAGAAUUUAUCACUUCAAGGUGCCCUGCAUAUAGUGUAAAGAAUAUAAUAGAAGUGAUAGAGGGUGUUCACACCAAUUCUAACAUACAGGAACAACCAUCAAGUCUUGCCUAGCAGUUGACAGAGACUCAACUCUGGAAAAACACUCGUCCAUCGAGUUGAGAAGCUAAACAAGUCACCCAAAAUCAACAACAGCAAGCUGCACGUAUCAUCAAUUAGGUCUUCAAGAUACAUCAACCCUUUUAGCAUGUUGAUGUAUGCUAUAUGAUAAACACGCAUAGCAUGUUUUUCUAAAGGGGCUAAGCCGAGUGUAUACCACAGGGCUCGUUAGCCAGGAGAGAAUGGGAGGAGCGAAGAAAGGAGGAGGUGGUAAAGGUGGAGGAGGUGCAAAAGGUGGCAAAGGAGACAAAGAUGAAGCAAGUGGCAGUAGUGGCAGUAAGGAGAAAAAAGGAGGAACUUCUGUUAAGGUUCGGCAUAUCUUGUGUGAAAAGCAGAGUAAAAGUUUAGAAGCUCUUGAGAAAAUCAAGUCUGGUAUGAAAUUUAAUGAAGUUGCUGCUCAGUACUCGGAAGAUAAAGCUCGUAAUGGGGGUGACCUUGGUUGGAUGACACGAGGUUCAAUGGUUGGCCCAUUUCAAGAUGCUGCCUUUGCUUUACCAGUAUCAACCCUUGGAAAUCCUGUAUAUACUGACCCGCCAGUGAAAACUAAGUUUGGCUAUCAUAUUAUUAUGGUUGAGGGCAAAAAAUGAUAGCCUAUAUUCCUUACUUAUAUGAUAUAAAGGUUUUGCUUGGUCAGUUAUGUUGGUUAUUUAUACUUAAAAAUGUGAAAAUUUCUAUUUUCUUUACAACUUAGAGAGGUACAGUAUCAAUGUCAGAUCACAGCUAAAAAGUCCCUGGUACAAUUCCUGCAGCAGGACAAGUAUUUAUGCAAAAUUUCCUUUCAACUUUCACCUCUAUUCACCUAGCAGUAAAUAGGAACCUUGGAAUCAGGAAACUGUUGUGGGUUGCAUCCUUGGCAAGUCAGUAGUUGUCCUAGCCUUAGGGGGAUUUUGAUAAACCUAACAGGCUUUUUUCCCCCAGACUUCAUGAAAUCAUAAAGUUGCCAUGUUAAAUAAUAAUUAUGAAGUAAAGUUAAAAUUAUUUUAGCAAGAUUUUAUUUAUAUACUGUACAAUAAUAUGAUUCACAUUUUAGAUUUAGUACAUUGACCCUUGCUCUGCAUAUGCCAGAACAUAUGCCAUAAUAAUUAAAGUGCCUGAAAAGAACUGGUGAGCCCACAAGAUUUUCUUUUUCAAAAUUGUAAGAAUAAAAUUCAUCCACAU